UAAAACGAAAAUGUUGAAAAGUUGAUAAAUUGCUAAAUGAAAACCGGCAAAAUUCGCAUUCCAUAUGUCAAGUAUAAAAAUCUUGCAAACGCAAGAGACAAAAACGAAAAUGGAAAAUUAAAAAUUUCAAAUAUGUAAUUCGGUGUUUUUAUAACGAUUUAUAGAAUAAUAGAAUAAUAGAAGUAUAGAAUUUUUUUAAAAAGAAGUUCAUAAGAUUGAAUUAAUGCAUUUACUAUAAAGAAGCCAAACUCUGACAGGAGCUUUACAAACGUAAAGUGUUGAACGGCAACGGCAACGGCGGCAGCAGUUAAUUUUUCGCAGGAGGAGAAGGGCCAACGAAUGAGUACACAAUGAGUUGUUGUGCUACGAAAAGUUCUUUAACAAUUUACACAUAACAUUUUACUUUAAUUGAAACGGUAUGGUGAAAAUGGAAUCCACAGAAGAACAGGACAGAAAGUUAGUUUUGGAGUUUUGUCAUUUGUUAGAAAAAUCAAAGCAAUUGUUCAACGGCCUCAGAGAUCUGCCGCAAUAUGGCCACCGGCAGUGGCAGGCUUAUUUUGGACGCACUUUUGAUGUAUAUACAAAAUUAUGGAAAUUCCAACAACAGCAUCGUAUGGUGUUGGAUUCAAAAUAUGGUUUAAAACGAUGGCAAAUUGGGGAAAUCGCCAGCAAAAUUGGACAGCUUUAUUAUCAUUACUAUCUAAGAACUAGUGAAACGAAUUACCUGAAUGAAGCUUAUCAAUUUUAUGCGGCCAUCAGAGGCAGAGCCUAUUAUUCCCGUGCCAUAAAAGAGGAUCGACCAGAUUUAAUGGUUAAGAAAUUACGAUAUUAUGCGCGAUUUAUUGUUGUUUGUCUACUGUUAAAGAAGAUGAAAUUGGUGCGAGAGUUGGUUACAGAGUUGGAAAAACAAAUACAGGAAUAUACAACAACAUACGAGCCUGAAGAUCAUUUAGAAUGGUCAUUAGUUUUAGAAGAAAUUAAAGGUUUUAUAAAAGCUGAAGCUGCCGUUGCUGUUCUUCAUGCGGAUUCCAAUCCCAUCAUACUAUCACACAGUGGUUCCGGUUCUAGGUUGUCACCGUUAACAACGCCUCCAUGCGAACGGUCACCCCACAUGACAUUGAGUCUGCAAGAAAUUUUAAUUGUGGGCUCUGCAUGCGAACAAGCUAAGUUUUCCGAACUUACAAUGGAUAUGUUCAGAAUGUUACAGACGCUAGAACGGGAACCAACGGAAUCAACUCAUCCCAUGAACGCUUCACAUGGUAUGCAUGGACACGAUGCCAGUCCAGCUGCCAGCCGUAUACCACCAUAUGGUGUUCCAGGUUCUAAGGGCUACUUAGAAAAUGGCCGUCAUUAUCGAGACAAUCCUCAUAAAUAUUUAUUAUACAAGCCUUCGAUUAGUCAACUUCUGGUGUUUUUAGCUAGUGGAUUUAAAGAAUUACCACCAGGAGGUGCUUUACUGUUAUAUAUGUCAGCUGAUGGUUGUUUCUCGACUACAAAACAUCCAGAAGACUAUGGUUAUGAAUUGGGUGGCCUCGCUACAAGCGUCAAACGAGACGGCGUUGAUGGCGGAGGCAUAGCAUGUCGAGGGAAGUCCUAUAAAGAGAAUCAUUGCUUAUAUCCCGGCGACUUGUACCCGUUUACUCGAAGACCUAUGUUCAUUAUUAUAGAUUCAGAUAAUUCGUUUGUCUUUCAGCAUAUACCGAGAUAUUUUGGUCAGCCAUUAGUUAUAUUAAUGUCACCACAAGAUGUCCCGCCAGCAUUUCAAACGGAUGUACAGCAUCAUGGUUCUCUUUUUACAUUGUUCCUGCAUUCCCCACUAACUGCGUUAUGUUAUAUUUGCAAUGUUGGCGAUGUGCCCAUACAUCAUUGGGAACGUUGUCAAUCCUAUGUAGAUCGUUUUAUUACGGAGGCAUCAAGACUUGUGACACGAUGUCGAAUAGAUGAAAUUGAGCAAGGCAUAGGUUUUAUUGAUUCAUCGUAUGUCCAAUUUUUUGGAGAUGAUUUUUUACGUACACUUAUUUUACGUUUUGUCUUCUGUGAUGUUGUACUGAGAUUACAUCGUGGCUUUCGUGGACGCCAUAUGAGACCACGAUGCGAACCACCAUUGCCAUCCAAUGAGUUACUUGAACAUCCAUCACUGUCGCAUAUAAUAUUUCAAUUAGCGUCGGCACUCGAUGUACGCGGUCAUUUUUCUGAUGGGCCCGAAUGCGACUGAUGAUUUUUAGAUCUAAUUAAAAUUUACUAUAUAAAUGUAGUAAUAAAAAUUAUACAUAU